CCACUUGCACGUUUUUCAUCCUUUAUGGUUUUAUUCAUGCGGGGCCAACUUGCAUGCAUUGUAACGGAGCCGGAGACAUUGAAAAUUGUUUUUUAAAUACUGUCAGAUGCGGGGACCUUGAGGACUGUUAUUUAGACAAAUAUGUGGAUGAAAACUCGGUGAUCAGAUACGAUGCAGGGUGUCGUUCGAAACAGGUGUGUAGUGGUCAAGGUAGACGGAGACGGCGUUUAGUGGUCUGCACUAGUUGUUGUAGUGACGCCCCUGACCAUAAUGGGCCGUGUAAUGCCAAACUUUGCGGUAUAGGUCCUGUUACUUAUGCAAAUUCAACCUGUGUUGUUUGCGAAGGAGUACACAGUGACGUGACGUCAUGUUCGUCAACUUCUGUUUGUCCUCCUAACGAGGUAUGUUUUACUGGUAUUCGUAUUGUUGGUACGAGCAUUCGGUAUGUGUUUGGCUGUUACGAAGAACGCGUAUGUCAUGCAAUGUUAGAAAACGAAAAUGGCGGGCAUCGACCUGGAAGAGUCAUUCAUGGUGACCAGGGUACUCCAAUAUGUCAUGCUUGCUGUAAGGGAUAUAGAUGUAAUGCAGAAGACUGUUUUGAACUCAGAAAGAAUAUGAAGAUAACUGAUUUUAGUCCAUCUGUACUCGGAUGAUGAACUUGUGCAUACAAGAAUCCUUCCGUAUAUUAAAAGCACAUUUUAAAAGAA